AGUUCGCUCGACAUCGUAACAGACACAGUAGUCGUCAACGAAAUUCUGAGCAAUUAAGAACAUGGAUCCCAAUAGUACAUUUGAUUCUGCUAUCAGUUUUCAAGUCAAUGUUAUUGAAUGAAAUUCAAAUUAGUUCGCUCGACAUCGUAACAGACACAGUAGUCGUCAACGAAAUUCUGAGCAAUUAAGAACAUGGAUCCCAAUAGUACAUUUGAUUCUGCUAUCAGAAUAAAAAAGGAACCCAUCGAUGCAUCGCUCAUUGAAUAUGAUAACAAUGUGAUUGACAAGCCCCCCGAUGUUGAAAAUUUUCAAUUCUCAAGACUUCAGCGAGUAUAUUCGACGCUUCAAGAAUGUAACGAAAAUCAUAAUAAUGGACUUGACGAAAUCAAAGUUGAAAUCGAAUGUAGGGACGUGAAGCCCGAAUUUAAUUUAUUAGCAGUUACAAAAAUUGAGGAUUGUACUCAACAUCGAUUGCAGCACACGAUAUAUAGCGACGACUACACGAGUCAAAACAUCAUAAAAAUAGAGACUGUGAGUAAAAUAAAAGAAGAAAUCAAUUCAAAUUUCGAUCUUGAACUUAACGAGAGAAACAAAAAGACCGAAAAGCUCAACAAUAUCGAUAGAGUCAAAACCAACAUUGGUAUGAUGCAUAGUGGAGCAGUCUAUUUAUGCAAAACAUGCGGAAAGACGUUUAAACGCAAAUUCAAUCUGGAUAGGCAUGUUAAAUCAACGCAUGAUGGGGUUACACUACAUAAAUGCAUUACAUGUGAAAAUACGUUUAAGUACAAGUUCAAUCUGGACAAGCAUGUUAAAUCAACGCACAAUGUUGUUACAUAUGCAUGUAAUACAUGCGGAAAGUCAUUUUCACGAAAAUUUAGUCUCAAAGUCCACAUCGAUUCAGUGCACAAUUGUGUUACACAUACAUGCAUUACGUGUGGAAAGAUGUUUAAAAGCAAGUUCAAUCUGGAUAGGCAUGUUAAAUCAACGCAUGAUGGUGUUACAUAUGAAUGCGAUACGUGUGGAAAGAAGUUUACGCAAAAGGAAAAUCUCAAAACUCACAUCAAUACGUUACAUAAUGGUGUCAAAUUUGCAUGUGACAUAUGCGGAAAAAAACUUAAAAAUAAGAGUUAUCUCAAAACUCACAUCGAUUCGGUGCAUCUAGGUACCACUCAUGCAUGUGAUUUGUGCGAAAAGAAAUUCACACAGAAGCGUAAUCUUAAAGCCCACAUCGAUAUGAUGCACAAUGGUGUCGCACCUACUUGUGAUAUAUGCAGGAAGAAAUUUUCAACGAAAAGCAGUCUCAAACAACAUAUCGAUUCGGUGCACUACGGUGUCACUCACGAAUGUGAUAUUUGUGGAAAGAUAUUUUCACAUAAAGGUAAUCUCAAACAUCACAUAGAUGCGGUGCAUAAUGGAAUCAUACACUCAUGCGAUAGAUGUGAUAAGACUUUUAAACGUAAGGACAAGCUGAAGAUCCACAUCGAUUUGGUUCAUCAAUGUUCGACUCACACUUGUGGAGAAUGCGGAAAAAAUUUCGGACGAAAAAAAAAUCUCUUUGCCCACAUGGAUAUGGCACAUCGCUCUCGUAUAACUACCCGAUAAAUACAUAAAAUGUAUGUUUAAUUGUGUAAAAAAUGACAAUUUGAGAUUUUGUAUAUUUGUUCAAAAUUCCAAAAGUUUAACAAUUUUCAUUUAUUACAAAUGAGAAUACGAAUAUGAAUUUUUGCUAUCUUAUGUUAUCUCAAUGCUCAAAAAGCAACACUCAAAUUUUGAAAAAAAAAUUAAUAAAUUUUUGGUCAUAAAAGAAUCAUACUACUUACUA